UACUCUAUCGUUGACUCACCCUGUACAACAAGUUACCUCUAAUAUACAAAAAUGCAUCGUUUGUCUCUUAGAGAGCAUCAAAUCGGGACGCUCUGUAUAUCGAUAUCUAUUUGUUUACCUGCAUAAUAAAUUGACAUCUUUGUCAUCAAAACAAUUACUUUUUUAGCUUAUCUGGCUUAAUAUUAACGUCACUUUUCUGUAACAAUGACAAAUAAGUUCUAAAAAUUUUUAGUGAAUCUACUAACAAUGUCAUUCUUAAAACAAAUUAUUAUCCAGAAAUAUGUAAACCCUAUUGAUUUGUUGAGAUUUAGGAAAAUAUUUAGCAAAAAUUACAGUUCUGGGAGUAGUUCUAUGAAGGUUACUGUUGUCGGAGCAGCUGGUAAAAUUGGUCAAGCGUUAUGUCUGAUGUUGAAACAGUCUCCCCUAAUUGAUGAAUUGUGUGUUCAUGAUCUGAAAAACACUGCAACAGGUCUUGGUUUGGAACUGAGUCAUAUCGACACUAAAUGUAAAGUAUCUUCUUUUCAUGGAAAAGAUAACUUACAAAUUGCUUUACAGAAUUCCAAAAUCGUCGUAGUCCUAGCAGCAGCUCAAGGCGUUGAUUCACUAACCCCGGACAAAGUCUGGGAUCACAACUCCGUCAUAGUGAAGGACAUCGUACAGGAAAUCGCCAGAAAUUGUCCCAAGGCCAUGGUAGCCAUAGGAACCAAUCCUAUUAAUAGCAUAGUACCAAUGGCCAGCGAAUUGAUGAAGAAAGGCAGCAGUUAUAAUCCCAACGGUGUUUUCGGAAUCACAGCGCUGGACACUGUGAGGGCCAACACUUUCGUAGCCCAAAUGCAGGGCUUGGAACCUGAAUGUGUCACUGUGCCUGUCAUUGGAGGAAAUUCCACUGAAACUAUUGUACCUGUUGUGUCUCAAGCCAAGCCCUGUGCUGAAUUUACCAACGAGGAAAUAGAAGACAUUGUUGCCAGUGUUAGGCACGCCCAAGAAAACCUAAGCGCCUCCAAAUCCACAGAAGGCACUCCUUUGUCAGGCGCAUUUGCUGCUGCAAGAUUUGUAAUAUCUCUGAUAAAAGCCAUUCAAGGUCAUCAGGAUAUCAUAGAAACAGCGUAUGUCAGUUCGAAAGUUCACCCUUAUUUGAAGUAUUGUUCUAGUCCGUUGUUGCUGGGACCGAAUGGUAUUACUAGAAACCUGGGAAUCCCGAAAUUAAGUGAUUUUGAGCAGUGCAUGCUUGACAAUGCUGUACCCCUGUUGGCUAACGAUAUUAAAAAAGGUGAACACACUGUAGGUAUAUAUGAACCUCCACCUCCCUGUAAUCCAUGUGGCCCUCCCAAAGGAAGCCCCUGUCCUCACGACUGGUGUGAAUACAAACAGUGAUAUUGAAUUAUUUAGUAAAUAAUAAUUUUUUUCUCAUAAAAACGCUUAAUAAAAUUUUGGUGUGUAA